AAUGCCCGGUUGCACCAACAUAUCUUAAGCCUAAGACGUAACUUAAGCUCAGCUUAUGAAAUAUACGCGUUGCACCAUGAGUCCUCGUUAUUCUCAGCUUAAGUUGCCGUAUGAGUUUGACAUACAAACUAGCCUCAAAAAAUUGACAAUUGUGUGUAUGGUUGAAUGUUGUGUUGUGAAAUACAGAUACAGAUUUAUAUUAAAAAUGGAUAUUAAUUUUGUGGAUUUGAUAGAACAUAUCGACAUUGUAGACGAAGAACAGUACGUGCCACUAUUUGCGCUUAUCCCUCGCAAGGUAUUUGUUCGUAAAAAUCCCUUUGAUAAAUACGGGGAUGCCGAAUUUUUUGUACGAUUUCGACUAACAAAAGAAUGUGUCCUGCAUAUUUUGGAAAUAGUGGAACCAGAAUUAGAAUAUAUGCAUAAUUUGAAUAAUUCCCUAAGUCCAAUCAAUCAACUCUUGGUAACUUUGAGGAUGUAUGCCACAGGAUCACAUUUGGUCACAAUAGGCGAUUUUAUAGAAGCUGACAAAUCGACUAUGUCUAGGAUUGUGAAGAAAGUUACAGGAUGUUUGGCAUCUUUACGGCCUAAUUAUAUUAAAAUGCCACAAACCGAACCAACCAUAAAUCAAAGACAACAGGAAUUUUAUGAAAUUGCACGAUUUCCUAGAGUCAUUGGGGCGAUUGAUGGUUGUCAUGUGAAAAUAAAUCAUCCAGGUGGAGAAGAUGGCGAAAUCUAUAGAAAUAGGAAAUCAUAUUUUUCUAUAAAUGUUCAAGCAGUAGUCAGUGCAAAUUUUUUAUUUCAAGAUAUAGUAGCGAGAUGGCCAGGUUCUGCCCAUGAUUCUACGAUUUUCAAUAAUAGCAGAGUGAAACAGAGAUUUGAAGAAGGAGAAUUUGGCAACGGCAUCUUGUUAGGAGAUAGUGGAUAUAUGGUGCACAAUUAUCUAUUGACUCCUUUCCUAAAUCCAAGUACCGAAGGCGAAAGGCAGUACAACAUCAGCCUAGUUCAAAGCAGAGUAAAGGUGGAAAACACAUUUGGUAUUUGGAAGAGGAGGUUUCCUAUUUUGGCAUAUGGUUGUCGUUUACAACUUGAAACAACAUUAAAUAUUAUUGUUGCAACUGCAGUAUUGCAUAAUAUUGCACAAUUAAAUGGGGAGCCUGAACCGCCUCUUGAUAAUGUUAAUGCAGAAGAGUUUGAAGAUUUAGUACAAAAUGGGAAUAUACCUGCAGCACCAGCCCCUAAUAAUGUUAUUAGGGAUUUUCGCAGGGAACUUGUAGACAAUUAUUUUACUAGAAUCUAAAAAUAGAUAAGACUUAAAUUUAUUGUUACUACUACAUGGUAGGGAAUCCUAGUUUUAAGUUUAAUUUAUGUAUAUAUUUUGUAAUAAAAUUUAAUGAUUUUUUUAUU